CUCGAACCCAUGACCGGGCCCUUAGCAGGCUGCGAGGUUACCCACUAGACCACCGGGGCGACCGGUUUUGGGUGAGACUGGUUGCGCCCGAUACACGGAGCCCCCACGGUCACCGCACAAACUUGGCCACCCCAUCACAGCCGCUGCUGCCGCGCAUAACUGCCCUACGAUAGAGGAUACUUGGCGUGACAGGUGUUAGAUAGAUGGCGCCGGGGUCUCGAUCGGACGACGCUGCACAUGGGCGCCAAGAGGAGGAAGAAGAGGAUGAGGGGGUCAGCGAUAACCCCUUGCCCGCGUGGAUGGAGGGAGACUCACUAGCGCCCCCCUGCCAAGCCGAUAUGGACGUCGUGCGAGCCAUCAUCGAUUUUGCGGGGGUUACCGCGGAUGACGUUUUGUACGAUCUUGGGUGCGGAGACGGGCGAAUCUGCAUUGAGGCCGCCGAAAGCCGGGGGGCCAAGGCUUGCGGGGUGGAGAUCGAGGAAGACCUGGCGGAGAAGUUCCGACGACGGGUCGCCGCGAAAGGCUUGGACUCGAAGGUAUCGGUGGUUCACGGCGACCUACGAGAUGUCGAUAUCUCGGACGCCACGGUGGUGGUCAUGUACCUCCUGCCCGACGCCAUGGCCGACAUCGCGCAGUCCCACCUCCUCCCCCUGCUCCGCCGCGGCCACGGCACCCCAGCAACAACAACAACAUCAUUCCCUCUCCCAGGAGACUCAGAGACACAGCGCCUAGAGGGGCAAAUAGUAAAGAGUGAGGGGGCUCCUGGAGCCGACAAUCAGGCGGUAUCAACACGGGGGGGGGAAGAAGAGGAUCGUUCGAAUGGUGGUUGUGGUAAUGAUGGUGGUGGCGUGGGUGGCGGUGUGAAACCAUGCCGAAUUGUGUGUAACACGUGGGGAGUGCCGGGAGCGACCGCGGUGCGGGAGGCAGGGGUGGGGCUGCACGGCGGCGUGAAGCUUCGACUCUUCACGCACGCCUCGCUUCCGAGCGCGGCAUGAUGCGAAACACCCAACCUUAUGUAUUCUUCGAAUUCUCGUUCUCCACUCCGAUUCGUUCCAUACAGCGGUCUCUACAAGGAUCCUUCUUCAUGUCGAACGUCGAACGAACAUGUGACGGGGGGCUAUCCUGGUUGGGACGGCGGUUGUUGUUGUCGUGUGGUUGCCCCUAACGUAGUUUGCAGCACUUAUUUUAUUUGUGGAAGCUGUCGCCAGGACAUGGCGCGAGGCGGAAUGUAAACAUGGAGUAAGGCGACGCAAAUUCGAUGAAAUAAAUGUGAUGAAGAGCCCCCACUCAAAAUGGUUCGGCAGUGUAGUCUUCUUUGGUAUUGCAGCGUGUAGCCAUGUUUUCCUUCUUUUUGUGGUAAAUCGUGGCAUAGCAAUCGCACACGCGUCGUUUCGUGAAUCACGUUUACUUUCUUAUUUUGUGUUAAUCGCCUGCCCCGUGCUGUCGACCACCCCAUUGACCUUCUCCUAAUGAUAUCGGACAUGGAC